ACUUCGGUCUGAAUUUUUGGAUAAGGUUCAUUUUUAUUUUUUUAUUUUUCCCGCAAAGAAAAGAAAUCAUUUUCAAAAACCUCGACGUUUCCACACGCCAUUUUCCUAUUACCCCAAACGCCCACCCUAUUUAUACACACCAUAUCCGUCUAGUGAAUCUAAAAUCCCAAAACUGAAGGAAAAGUAAAAUUACAAUCCAUUUUCUUUUUUCUCAUUCGUUUCCAGAAAAUGGUUGAUUUAGAUUGGAAAGCGAAGAUGGUCUCUUCCGAUAUCCCAAACAAAUCCCCAAAACUUUCUAAUAAGCUUCAGGUUUCGAUUCCUACGCCGUUUCGCUUCUCCAAUAUUUCAUCUCCACUUUCGACUUCAGCUUCGGCUUCCUCCGCUUACGAUUAUUAUCUCCGGCUACCGGAGUUGAGGAAGUUAUGGGAGACAAAGGAGUUUCCAGCUUGGCAAAACGAGCGCGUUUUGAAGCCAGCUUUGCAUGCUCUCGAGAUCACAUUCAGGUUUAUUUCGAUUGUUUUGUCUGAUCCUAGAUCGUAUUCGAACCGUCGCGAAUGGAAUCGUCGACUCGAGUCACUCACCACGAGUCAGAUCGAACUCAUCGCCAUGCUUUGCGAGGACGAAAACGAGGAUAAAACGGCCGCUGGCACGGCGCCGAUCUUCGAUCUAACUUCUUCGAACGGAGUACUAGCUCGCGAGAGCAGCUCCGCCGAGGUCUGGAAGCUUCAUGGAGAAACAACGGUGGUCAGCCGAACCAGCAAAGACAGCUUGUUGCCUCGACUCGCCACGUGGCAGAAAUCUGAAGAUGCCGCGCAGAAAAUCCUUUACACCAUUGAGUGCGAGAUGAGGCGUUGUCCGUACACUCUAGGUUUAGGAGAGCCGAACUUGUCCGGCAAACCGAGCCUCGACUACGACGCCGUUUGCAAGCCAAACGACCUCCACGCGCUGAAAAGGAGCCCGUACGACCACUGCAUCGAGAACCACGAGAACGCAACGCUUUUCACGACGCAUCAGAUCCUGGAAUCGUGGAUCCAAACGGCGAAACAAGUACUGAAACGCAUCGCUUCGAGGAUUGACGCUGAAAUCUUCGAAACCGCCGCGAGCGAUUGUUAUUUGUUGGAAAGGAUCUGGAAGCUUCUAGCGGAAAUUGAAGAUCUCCACCUUUUAAUGGAUCCCGACGAUUUCCUUCACCUCAAAAGUCAGCUACUGAUAAACCCGGUCAAUGAAACGGAAGCGUUUUGUUUCAGGUCGAAAGGCUUGGUUGAAAUUACGAAAAUGUCCAAGGAGUUGAAACACAAGGUUCCGUUUAUAUUGGGUGUGGAGGUGGAUCCUAAAGGCGGACCCAGGAUCCAAGAAGCUGCGAUGAGAUUGUACUCAGAGAAGCAGGAGGGCAAUAAGGUCUUCCUCGUACAAGCUUUGCAAGCCAUCGAAGGAGCUUUAAAACGGUUCUUUUACGGUUAUAAGCAGGUGUUGGUGGUGGUUAUGGGGAGUUUAGAAGCGAAAGGGAACCGAGUCGUGGCCGGCUCCGGCUCGGUCGAUUCGUUGAGCCAGGUAUUCUUAGAGCCUACUUAUUUCCCUAGUUUGGAUGCGGCUAAGACUUAUUUGGGCGAGUUUUGGAAUCAUGAACUCGGUGGAUCUGGGUUGACUCGAUGGAAGAAGUGAUGACUCAUUUUGAUUGGAAAAUCGAAAAGAAGCGGAAGAUUAAUUAUUCUUUCUAGUCGAUUAUUGUUUUUAUAUUUAAUCUUUUUUGUAUACUUAUUCUUGUAAAAUACAAAUUCAUUAUUUAUAGAACUCUAUCCAAUUACUAUA